AUGGGCAUUUUCGACACCCCCAAUCGCAUGCCUAUCUUGUACUACAACUGGAUGCCCGAGUAUGCUUCCCAGCCACACCGAGCUACGACCGUUGGCGUGGCCGAACUGGGCUCGCUAAGCAUGGAGUUCACACGCCUUGCCCAAUUGACCGGUAAAGACAAGUACUACGAUGCCAUCGCUAGAAUUACCGACGCUUUCGAGGACCUCCAGAACCGUGGCACUACUAUUGAUGGCAUCUUCCCUGAACAGCUGGACGCCUCUGGCUGCAACAGGACCGCUGAAGCCAUUAUUUACCAAGAGGAACAAGCUGCAGCUGCUAGUGCGAGUGCGGCCGCUGCUCGGUUGAGCGAGCCCCAGGGCCACGAGCCUGCGGCUGCUGAGGCCAAGCGCGACGAGACUGAUCCGAUUUUGCCGCAGGAAACUGCUGUGGCCAAGGGCAACGGCAGUGAGCCGGAAAGCAACACACUCGCGAGGCGGGCUGUUGGUGUCGACAAGAAUGGCGAGUCUGUGGUUGAGAAUGCAAACAUCGAUAACAAGCAGGCUUUCCCGGCACCCAAGGUCAACGAACAGCCCUUGUACCCCGGUAACAGUGGUCGGAGGCCAUCAACUCCUACGACACCUGACAAAUCUUCAUGGGAAUGCAUCAAGCAAGGGCUUGCCCCUGGUGGUUGGGGAUACCAGCAGUAUAGCAUGGGUGGUAGCCAAGAUUCCACCUACGAAUAUUUCCCCAAGGAAUAUCUCGUCCUUGGCGGUCUGGAGCAAAAGUACAAGACGAUGCACAUCAAGACGGUCGAGGCUGUGAAGAAGUGGCUUCUCUACAGGCCUAUGGUUCCCAAAGAAAGGGAUAUCCUCUUCUCGGCCAAGGUUUCGACAUCUGGCGACCCCGAAAACGAUCUGCGAACUGAGUAUGAAGUUACUCACCUCACCUGCUUCAUUGGUGGCAUGUUUGGUCUGGGAGGCAAGAUUUUUGACAGACCCGAUGAUAUUGAGAUCGCCAAGAAGCUCACUGACGGAUGCGUCUGGGCGUACGAGACUAUGCCCUCCGGUAUCAUGCCUGAAGGAGCCUCUGUCGUGCCCUGCGCGUCUACCAAGAGCUGCCCGUGGAACGAGACUCUCUGGUGGGAGCACCUCGACCCGUCAGCUGACUGGCGUGAGGCACAGGUCAAGGCGUGGGAGGACAGGCAACGUGAGAAGAAGCAGCAAAAGCAGCAGGACGCUCUCCGUAAGCAAACCACUGAACGAGGCAACAAGCCUGUUGAGAAGUCAACCGAAGAGACAGUCCAGUCUGAGUCACCCGUCGAAAAGAAGGACCCCCUCGACGAUAUUCACGUCCCCAAGGAUGAGCCGAAGAAGCUAGGAUCGGCUGAGAAAACCGAGUACCCGGCUCCUGAGCCUGGCCUGAACAAGUCCCCUUCCAACGUUGAUGAGCACCUUUUGAAGAAGAGAGAUCCUGCUCCGCCAGUGUCUCAAGACCCUCGUAAGGGUACUGCUCAGGAGGCCGCCAGCAACACUCUGAAGGACAAGCUCGACCUGAACAACCCUGGAAGUGCCACCGACGAUAUCACCGGCAGUGUCCCCAACGAUGCACCCGUCAGCGGUGGCAUCGUGGGCAAGAUUGCGUUCGAGGAGGAGGGAGAGGUUCCCGAUCCGAAGCCGCUCUCGCAUGAGGAGUGGGUCAAAGACAAGUUAGAGCUCGAGAAGAUCCCGCCUGGCUUCGUCAACAUCAACGCCAGGCGCUACAUUCUUCGUCCGGAGGCUAUCGAGUCCGUGUGGUACAUGUAUCGCAUCACUGGAGACCCUGUAUGGCAAGAAAAGGGAUGGAAAAUGUGGGAGGCCAUCAUCAAGGCGACUCGUACCGAGCACGGCAAUAGCGCCAUCGACGACGUCCUGUCUGAAGAUCCUCAACCUGUGGACGAGAUGGAGAGCUUCUGGAUCGCCGAGACGCUGAAGUACUUUUACCUCUUGUUCUCAACUCCCGAUGUCGUCAGCUUAGACGACUGGGUCCUCAACACCGAGGCGCAUCCGUUCAAGCGUCCUGUUUGA